GCAGCAGAAAUUUUUCAAUAAUGUGCAGUGCAGUCGCGUUCACAGGAGCGCGAGGGCAGCUGCUACAGCGUCCCUCUCGCGCAGCUGCUCCGCAAUCUUCAAAACACUGAACGCGGAUACGGAUCCGAAAACAUUACCUGGGAUCGUCGUUCCUGGCUUCUCCGCGGCGCCGUGUAACCUCGCUCCUCAUCACCGGAGCAUCCAGCCGACAUGGCCUCAUCCGUGAGCGGAGCGGAGGAAGUGCGCGUGUCGGCGUUGACGCCCCUGAAGUUGGUGGGUCUGGUGUGUAUUUUCCUCGCGCUGUGCCUGGAUGUUGGGGCCGUGCUGAGUCCGGCGUGGGUCACCGCGGAUGACCAGUACCACCUGUCCCUGUGGGAGUCGUGCAGGAAGCACGCUGCCUCCGUGGACUGGCUGUGCGACAGCACGUUGGGGCAGAAAGGGACCGACUGGCAGAUCGCUACAUUGGCUUUGUUGUUGGGUGGAGCGUUCCUUAUCCUCCUUUCCUUCCUGGUGGCCCUGGUGUCUGUCUGCAUCCGCUCCAGGAGACGCUUCUACCGACCGGUUGCUGUUAUGCUCUUUGCCGCAGUGGUCCUACAGGCCUGCUGUUUGGUGCUGUAUCCCAUCAAGUUCAUCGAGACCAUCAGUUUGAGAAUAUACCACGAGUUUAACUGGGGCUACGGUCUGGCUUGGGGAGCCACCAUCUUCUCCUUCGGAGGAGCGAUUCUCUACUGCCUAAACCCCAAAAACUACGAAGAUUACUACUAAACAUGCUACAACACCCACAAUGCACUUCAAUGUCCUCUUCACUGUUGUAAUAGCAGCUCAUGCACUGAACAUUCGUUCGGAACAGAACCUUGACUUUGUAAACGUACACAAAGAGCCUUGAAAUGCAGGGCAAUGCAGAGCUGUUAGAUUUAGAGGUACAUAGAUUUCGAUUCUUUUUCCCUCAGAUUACUCGGAUCACACAAUUAAACCCCAUCAAACUCUCAUUCUUUUUCUGUAUGUCAUCUCUCUCUCUCCUCAUGUCAUUUUAACACCUCUGAUCUUCUUCUGACUGUCAGAUGAGCAUCUGACUCCAGAUGUCAGCCUAUGUUCACAGGAAUACUGCCAGUAUGUGAUGUAGUCAGUGGGGAAACCUCCAUCUGUGGUGGGAUCUGAAACAAGGCAGACAGAAGUCUACAAUUCUGACAGAAUAAAACUGUCGUGAUAAACAUGCGUUUUUGAGACCUGAAAGAUACAAGAUGGGUUUAUAGGCAAAAAGUAAACUGUUUAGAGUACAUCUGAGAACAUAAGUUGAAAUAUCAUGCAGCUUGAAAUAAGAAACAGUGUUAUUGGUAAAGAACCUUUCAGCCAAACUAAAGACAUCUGUACAAUUGCAAACUGGUCAAAAAAGACCUUAUGCUAAAUUGAGGUCACAUUUGCAAAAUGUUGCAGGUGAAAAACAGUCCAAUAUCAAUAGCUUUAAGUCACAUUUAAGUAGCUUCCUUUUGUUCAGAAUGAGGAAUUUGCAUGACCAACUUAAAUACGAGUGAAAUCUGCCUUGUGAAAAACUCCCUGUCGCACUAAUUCCUUUUGGAAUGAAUGGAUUUCGCCACAAAGUUUCACUGAUCAACAGUAAAUCUUAGUAAAACAUAAUUACUUAACUUUUUAAGGUCAAUACUGUCAACAGUGAUGUAUGAAGCACAAUUCACACAGAAGUCACUUUUAAACCAAACAGCUUGCUGUUGGCCAGUGUGGCGAAUUUACAUGACCAAUCUGAACAAGUUGCGAAAUAUUUCACUCUCACAAGAAAUAUUCCUUUGCUUGGAAUCCAACUGAAAUUACCAUUUCAAAUGCGAAAACGUGACCACGCCUUUUUCCAUAGAUGUGCAUCCAAGCAUAAUUGCUCUCAUGUAACGCUAAGAAAAACUGUUAUUUUAAGCAAAGGUCAUGUACAUAGCACAUGAAUCAUCACCAUACAGUUAAUUUGUGCACAUUUGGAAACAUAUUUACGCAUAUCUUGUAUUCAGUUUAAAAGGGAUUCGGUAGAAGAUACUUUGCAUUGUAGAAAACCUAGGUCUUGUGGUGUAACCAAGCCUUGCAUAUAGACUAGUUUUUUAACUGGUAUCUGAAGAGUGAUUUAGUCUUUUGCAUAAGUAUCCAAACAGGUAGUUAAAGGCAGACUGUAGGGUUGUUUUUUUUUAGCACUGUCAGUCUGUUGUGUGCAUGUUGUUGUGUCUGAAUGAGGGCGCAUGUACCAUUUGAGUGUGUGUUUGAGUGAUUGCGUGCUUUCUGUUGGGAUUUUUCUGUCCCAAAUGCAGUUGUGACAUAUUGUACUAAUUUAUAUACUAACCAAAUAAACAUAUAAAAAUAA